UAGCCUACUUACCCACCUUCCGCUUUAGCAGAACUCCGCGGGCUAUGGCUCCAGUGGCCUCUGGGAGAGUUCGGCGUCGAGCUCCGGGCUCCAAGCGGCCCUACGCGCGGGCCCGCUCGGCCGAGGACUGGUGGUGGGACCGGCUGGCACCUCGCGGUUCUGGGUACCACCUGCUGCAAGCGGACAGCAUGCUGCUCGUGUUGCCGGACCUGGAGCCUACCCGCGGUCGUGCGCACAGGCGCGCCCCUCGCCGCGCUCCGAGGCCACCGGCCCGCGGCCCCAAGGCUGCAGCCAAGCCAAGGAUCAAACCCCGACCGGAUCCGUCACCGGAUCAGGGCUCGGACUCCGGCUGGGGAGACCGUAUUCCCUUAGAAGUCCUGGUGCAUAUUUUCGGGUUGUUGGUUGCAGCUCAUGGGCCCAUGCCCUUCCUUGGCAGGGCUGCACGCGUUUGCCGCCACUGGCAUGAAGCCACCUCUCAUCCUUCGCUCUGGCAUACUGUGACCCUGUCACCCCGGCUGGUUGGCCGAGCUGCCAAGGGCAACCUUAAGGCAGAGAAGAAGCUUCUUGCUUCCCUGGAGUGGCUCAUACCCAAUCGGUUCUCACAGCUCCAGAGGUUGACCCUCAUCCAUUGGAAAUCUCAAGUACACUCUGUGUUGGAGCUGGUUAGCAAGUUCUGUCCUCGGCUCACCUUCCUCAAGCUUUCAGACUGCCACAAUGUGACUGCUGACACUCUGGUCACGUUAGCGAAAGCCUGCUGCCAGCUCCACAGUCUGGACCUACACCAUUCCAUGGUGGAGUCCACAGCUGUGGUGAACUUCUUGGAGGAGGCAGGGUCCCGAAUGCGUAAGCUGUGGCUGACCUACAGUUCCCAGACAACAGCCAUCUUGGGUGCGCUGCUGGGCAGCUGCUGCCCCCAGCUUCAAGUCCUGGAGGUCAGCACUGGCAUGAACUGCAACAGCACACCCCUGCAGCUGCCUGUGGAGGCUCUGCAGAAAAGCUGCCCCCAGCUGCAGGUGCUACGGCUCCUGAAUCUGAUUUGGCUUCCCAAGCCUUGUGGACGAGGGGUACCCCAGGGACCAGGCUUCCCCAGUCUCGAGGAGCUCUGCUUGGCUGGCUCCGCCUGCAGCUUUGUGAGCAACGAGGUUCUGGGCCGCUUGCUCCAUCGCUCUCCCAAACUUCGCCUACUGGAUCUUCGAGGCUGUGCUCGGAUCACUCCUACUGGCCUGUGUGAUUUACCGUGUCAAGAGCUGGAGCAGCUGUACCUGGGCCUAUACGGCAUGUCCGAUGGGUUGACUGUAGCUAAGAAGGACAGCCUCUUGUUGACCCAGAAGUGGUAUCACACCCUGAGAGAGCUGGACUUCAGUGGCCAAGGCUUCAGCGAGAAAGACUUGGAACAGGCCCUAGCUGUUUUCUCAGGCACCUCUGGGGGCUUACACCCAGCCUUGUGCUCCCUCAACCUAAGGGGUACCCGUGUCACACCAAGUACAGUCAGUUCUGUGAUUAGCAGUUGCCCAGGGUUGCUGUAUCUCAAUCUGGAGUCCUGUCGUUGCCUCCCCCGGGGUCUGAAGCGUGCCUACCGGGGGCCAGAGGAAGUCCAGUGGUGUCUAGAGCAGCUACUUACAAGCCCACCCUCUUCCAGAGAGUCCACUUAACUCAGUCACCUACCAGCCUUCUCCCUCCCCCUUUUCACUUAGAAUGUUUGAGAUUUUGUUAUAAUAAAGUAUUUGUUGUUGUUGUUAUUUUGUUUUGCUU